UUACAAUGUUUUAAUAUUAUAUUUCGUGUAUAAAAUAGGUUUUUUCAAUUAAGUUUUAAGUGAUAUUUUUGGUGUAUCGAGUGUUUUAAGUUGAAGUUUUUGUGAGUGUUGUUCUAGCAUUAAAUAGUUUAAAGGUGGUCGUGUUCAAAAUGUUCAAUUAUAAAUAUUUAAGUAAAGCAGAGAUAAAAGGAUUCAAUAAGUAUAAGUACAGUGCUAUAGACACAAGCCCUCUCAGUAAAUAUGUGAUGCAUCCGACAUGGAAUACUGUCGUCAAAUUUAUACCAAAAUCGAUAGCCCCGAAUUUAAUAACCUUUGCUGGAUUUCUCUGCAUGGUGAUAGCGGUGGUCACUCUAACAGUGUACGAUUAUGACUUCUACGCUGUCGGGGGACGGCCAGGAAUGGUGGCUUAUGACAGUGAAGUGCCAAACUGGGUGUUUACAAUGUGCGGUGUGCUGAUCUUCUUGGCUUAUAAUUUAGAUGGUAUCGACGGCAAGCAAGCUCGUCGCAUCGGUGUAUCGGGGCCGCUCGGCGAGCUGUUCGAUCACGGGCUGGAUUCCUUCAUUGUAUUUCUGGUGCCCUAUUCCAUAGUCUCCGUGUAUGGACGAGACCAGGAGUAUUCCGUAUCUUGUUUAAGGGGCCUUCUAAUAGUUAUCAGCGUUGUUAUGAACUUCUACGUCAGCCAUUGUGAGAAGUACAACACUGGGGUCUUAUAUCUACCGUGGAGCUACGAUCUCAGUAUGUGGGUCAGUGCUCUACUGUUCCUAUUCGCAGGAGCGUACGGUCCGGAGUUCUAUAAGUACUACGUGUUUGGUGACGUCACAUUUACCAAGGCGCUAGAAAUGGUCAUACACUGCAUGGGAUUCAUCACUACCUACCCUGUUGCUGUUUAUAAUGUUUAUUUGUCAAAUAAAAACCGCACAGGGAAAAGGUACCCCAUCCUGCAGGCGACGAAGCCAAUCUGGUCGAUGUUGGUGAUGACUGGUGCUACCGUCUAUUGGGCUGUCAUGUCACCUAACAAUGUCAUCGAAGUCUACCCAAGAGCUUUUAUAUUCAUGUUUGGAACGCUUUUUAGUAAUAUUUCUUGCCGACUGAUUAUUGCUGAGAUGAGCCACAGUAGAUGCGAGUUACUGUCAUGGAUGACUUGGCCUCUGCUAGGAGGGAUGAUAACAUCCCUUUAUCAACCUCAUCUGGAAGCCAUCAUUCUCCAUCUGCUAUCAGCCCUGUUUCUACUAACACACGUACAUUAUGGAAUUUGCGUGGUACGACAAAUCUGCAACCAUUUCAAAAUCAACUGUUUCACAGUCCCCAAGGAGAAGAGAAAAUAAAUUUACAAUUAAGUGUCGAAUACUAACGUAAGCGUAAUGUAAUAGUGUUGAUUUUCCAUUUUUAGUAUUAUGUAAGAAUAAACUUUGUUUGCAC